AUGGUUGCGGGACAGAUUCGCUACUCGAUUCCCGAGGAGCUUGAGCGUGGGGCCUUUGUUGGGAAUGUUGCUGAAGAUUUAAGACUAAAUAUAGGGGAAUUAUCAACCCGAAGGUGUCGUCUUGUCUCCGAUGACAGAAUGCAAUUAAUUGAGGUUAAUCGGGAAAAUGGCAAUUUAUUUGUUAAUGGGAGAAUCGACAGGGAACAGCUCUGCAGACACAGCUUCUCUUGCUCUCUUUCGUUCCAAAUAGCGCUUGAUGAUCCUCAGGAAAUGCAUCGCGUUCAGCUGGAGAUAAAUGAUGUAAAUGACAAUUCACCUACUUUUGCAAAAGGCGAAUAUGCUUUCCGGAUUAUAGAGGUAAUUGCGCCCGGGGCACGUUUUCCUCUCGAGAGUGCACACGACCCAGACGUGGGCACAAAUAGAAUCAACACAUACCAGAUCAGUCCAAAUGAGCACUUCGUUCUCAAAAUGCAAACAAGUCGAGAUGGGAGUAAAGUUGCUGAGCUGAUAUUAGAGAAACAGUUAGACCGUGAGCAACAGUCAGUGAUUCACCUCGUACUGACAGCGAUUGAUGGAGGUACUCCUCAAAGAUCUGGCACAGCUCGGAUCACGGUCACUGUUAUGGACUCAAAUGAUAACGCGCCUGUAUUUGAUCACGAGGUAUACAAGGUCAAUGUACCCGAAAAUGCACCCAAGGGAAUGUUAGUGACGAAGGUACAUGCCCAUGACAUAGAUGAUGGCACCAAUGCCCAGCUGACAUAUUCCUUUACUCGCCACACUUCACAAACGGCUCGAGAGUUGUUUAAAUUGGAACCGGAAACAGGAGAGAUCAGAGUUGAAGGUGUUCUGGACUUCGAAGAAUCAGAUGCAUAUGAACUUUAUGUAGAAGCUGUGGAUAAAGGUACAUAUCCAAUGAUCGGACAUGCCAAAGUUAUGGUGGAGCUAAUUGAUAUGAAUGAUAACAGCCCUGAGAUUGAGAUUACGUCAAUAUCCAGGACCGUCCCUGAAGAUGCACCGAUUGGGACAGUGAUAGCUGGAAUUAGCGUAAGAGAUGCCGACUCGGACGGAAAUGAACAAAUUCAGUGUGAGGUUGAUGGGAGUAUACUAUUUAAGCUACAAAAGACUUCAAGAGAUAAUUAUAAAUUAGUAACAAACGGUCCUUUGGAUCGGGAAUUUAUUGCACUGUACAACAUAACCAUUUCCGCCCGGGACAGAGGUUCUUCUCCUCUUGUGACAAAUAGAAAUAUUUUGGUUUCAAUUUCUGAUGUAAAUGACAAUGCGCCAAAGUUUACACAUUCCUCAUACAACGUGUUUGUGUCAGAGAACAAUGUCCCUGGUGUUUCCAUAUUUGCGGUUACAGCUUUGGAUCCAGAUAUUGAUCAGAAUGGCAAAGUGUCUUAUUCGCUGCUGGAAUAUCGGACAAAAGAUGUUCCACUGCAUCAUUUUAUUAUGAUUAAUUCAAAGAGUGGCAAUAUACAUGCAUUACGUUCUUUUGAUUACGAACAGCUGAAGAAUUUCCAGAUCAUUGUUCAAGGUCAGGAUGCUGGAUCCCCUUCCCUGAGCAGUACUGCCACCGUUAAUGUAAUAAUUCUGGACCAAAACGACAAUGCUCCGAUCAUUAUUUCACCAUUAGCAUGGAACAGAUCAUCAGCCUUGGAGAUUUCCCAUCACUCUUUAUAUCCAGGGUAUCUGGUUGCUAAAGUAAUCGCAACUGACGCCGAUUCUGGCCAGAACAUGCGGCUUUCCUAUCAGCUGUUGCAGUCCACUGAUCCUGGUCUGUUUACUGUGGGGCUUCUCUCCGGAGAAAUCAGAGCAACCCGAAGCUUUAAGGAUCAGGACAGUAGGGCACAAAAUGUUGUCGUCAUGGUAAAGGACCAUGGACAGCCGAGUCUCUCCAGCACGACUACCAUCUUCUUUUCUAUCGUGACGAACGUCACUGAUUUAGGUAGAAAUUGGCCAAGCCCAUAUUGGCUUGAUGAUGCAUCAGUUUCAGUUCAUCGGUAUUUAGUUGGUCAACCACUUUUUCAUCACAGUGGAUUCAAAGGAUCCUUGGCGAAGUUGUCAUGUGUCAUUUUGAGGGAGUCGGCUCCGCUCUGUGACUUUACUUCAAACCGCAACUGCCAAUCGGCAUUUUACGGCAAAACCGACUACGAUUCAGACUACAAUGUUUUCUGA